CUAACUCUAUCUUUUAUAGUCACAUCUAGGAGCCAACCUUACCUUCAGAGUCACCCAGGCCAGUAAGUGAAGACUAAGGAAUCAAGUGUGUGUGAGAGUGCCAUCUUCCACCCAAGGCACAGUCAAGACUCCAUCAUGGCAAAUAUUCUAGAGAACCUGAAGGACUUAAUGCCCAUGGAGAGGAAGUCCACCUGGAGGACUGCUGAGGAGAGGAGAAUGUCCGACCUUACACGGGUGUUGGAAUGGCUGGAGAGGAGGAAGGGGAAGAAGAAGCAAAUAUCUACCCUGAAGGAAAAACCUGCAGCAGCAGCACCUUCAAAAGCAAGUGAGAAGGAAGUAAAGAAAGCCAAGGGCAUCCUGAAGGCACCAGGAGGCAAACCACGCCAGGAGUUGGCCCCUGGAAAGGCCUCAGAGCAAACCUCCAGAAAAGACUGGGAUGCUGUCACAUACAGAAGGCUGUACGGACUAGAGUCAAAGGGAAAACGUCUCAGCAUGGUCCCCGGGAGCUACGCCAGGGAUGGCCCCAGGAAAUCUGACGCAGACGCCAAGGACAUAGCCGCUAUGGAGGCCGCUCAACGGGCAAACCCAUUCCGCCGGCAGAGCAGUGUUUUAGAUCCUAUAUUGCAAGAUACGAUCUUCGGCAACCGGAGGCAGACCUUCAUGAGAGAAUGGGCAACCAAGACCCCUGACAGCACUUACGAGCGCAAGCUGAAGAGCCUCAUGGAGAAGGGCACUGAGCCCAAGAUUGAGACUGUGAGAAUGCUAAAGCCAGAGGAGGUGCUGAGCUGCCGAUACCUGAGGUUAUCCAAGAACAACAUUCGGACCUUGAUCAAACUGUGCAAGGAUGCAGGAUUGAACGUGGACAUCCAUCCCCACAUGGUCGAAGGGGAGAUAGACUCUAAAAAGGUGUUCACCCGAAUGCCCAGUAUUGCCCUCUAAGUAGUUCCUCCUACUACCCCCUUCAGGCUUCUUCUGCCAUUAGGUCCUUGGCCACUGGAUGCUGUCCUCUGGCACACUACAGACUUAGCGCACCCCUUUAGACAGUAACAAUCAGAAAACAAGCCUAGUCUGCAUGGUUCGUUGUGCUGGCGUAGGAUUUGUCCCCGAUGCCCAAGUUAGAAUCAUCUUAGGAGACACUGAUUUUCUUCCCCACCCAAAGAGGACCCUUUAGAAAGGGCUUCUUAGAAAAGUUUAGAAGGAGUGCGAAAAUGGGGGGGUCCAGAGUUCCCAGAGGG